UAGGUCAGAAGUGGCCGCAGUACAAGGAACGUAGUCCCACCCCACUAGCAAUAAAAGAAAAUAUGUAGGAACUUAGAACAGAGGCCGCAGAUUAGUAAACAGUUCAAUUGUUUCAGCCUGCGUGUCCACCACGAAGGAAUAUUGAAGCACCGAAGUGUAAUUAAACACAGCGAUGAAUGGUGUUGCCACUGGUUACAGGUUACAGUUUGUGUUGACGUGCUCGGUGUGCUUGUAAUAAUGUAUUAAUUGAAUACACAUUGUAAUACACACAUGUCAGGCCAUACUUUCAUGUACAUGUAAUGGCGGUAUUUUGGAUACUGAUUAUCGUUAAUGUAGGAAUAUGGCAUUGCAGAAAAUAAGUUACAAGUGUAUAAGAAGCACAUAUGUAGCAAACAUCAAAGACCCAGAGUGGUGUGUGUUGCUUGCAUGUGCAAAGGAAUUGUCGAAUGAAAAUGGAAGAUGAUACGCCAGUCAUUUAUGGAUUAGAGUUCCAGGCAAGGGCAUUAGCUUCGCAGCUGGCAGAAUCAGAUGCUGUCCGAUUCAUGGUUGGCACCCAGUCACUGAAACUAAGUCACAAUCAAGUUCAUGUCGUGGAACUGAAUGAGGAGACAGGUGGACUUUUAAAGCAGGUGUUUCAACAUGGUGCAGGGGAGGUGUGGACUCUUGCAGCUUCACCUAGUGAUGCAAAUCUCAUUGCAACCUGCUACAAUACACUCACAGCUGAGAAUACAUGCCGCAUGCAGUCAGCCAUUUGGAGGCUUCCUUUACAAGUAGAUGGAGUACCAGAUGAAGUGGCAGAAUGUGGAGGAAUAAGUGACCUGCCAGCUCUGGAACUAGUCUCCAAAUUAGACACUGAGCCUCACGGUCCAGAUGUGAAAGUGACAUGUUUUCAUCCAACUGAUGGGUCAAAAGCAGCAUCUGUUGUGGAUAAUAAAUUUGUGAUAUGGGAUCUGAACCAUAGAGACACUGCUAAGGUGGUUCAGUCUGGAGUUCUUGAAGGAAAGGGUCAGCCUCGCUUCACGACUGGUAAAUGGAAUCCUCACCAUGGCUGUUCACAGUUUGUAACGGCCAAUGAAGGGCAUGUUAGAAGUUGGGACUUGCGGGUAUCUCCAGUUCGAUCAGCUUGGACAAUUGAAAAUGCUCACUGCCAGUUGGUCAGGGACCUGGACUUUAACCCAAAUAAACAGUACUAUAUGGCAACAUGUGGAGAUGAUGGCUACAGCCGUUUUUGGGAUGUGCGUAAUCCAUCAGAAUCUGCUGUCGCCAGAGCUGAUCAUUCUCACUGGGUGUGGAGUAUUCGUUACAACCAUUUUCAUGAUCAGUUAGUACUGACUUCCAGUAGUGAUUCACAAGUAAUCCUGACUAGCAUUGCAUCUAUUUCAUCAGAACCAAUUUCCCACAUGGUGGAUGAUGACCCUAAUCAAGGUGAUGCAGUACCUGAUACGCAUAAAGAAAAGUUGGAGGAUGGUGUGUUGGCAACAUAUGAUGAACAUGAAGAUUCCGUUUACAGUGUUGAAUGGUCAUCAGCUGACCCAUGGACCUUUGCAUCUCUCAGUUAUGAUGGUCGGCUAGUGAUCAGUAAGGUACCACGCGCCGAGAAAUAUAUGAUCCUUUUGUAAAUUUUGGUAUAAUAUGAAUGAGCCAGGAAAGAACAUAUAUUCACCUACAGAUUAAUAGAUGCAGCUACACUAAAAAAGGGGUUCAGUACUGAGUAGAAUACAAAGACAAAAUUAGCUAAUAAUAACUAUGGUUAAUUGGAAUUGUGCUCAUUUUUUUUAUAAAGCUUACCUUGUGAUAGAAUGUGUCAGAAUUAAUUCCCAAUGCAGUGGAAUAAUGAUAAGGUUUCUCAAUCUGAGACAUUCCCCCAUUUUGUGUUCCUGUCCAAAGCCCCAUAUAGAUAGUGUACAAUUUUCCUUUAUUUAAUGUUUCUCAUUUUAGUGUUUUACCCUAUUUAGUGAAUGAGAAUCCAAUCCCUUCCUGAAAUUUGUACUUCAGAUUAGGUGUGACUCUAGACAGGGUAUGGAUUGGCAGAUGGAUUUAUUGAUCACUUAUACACACCACUCAGAGCUACAAGUAAUUACAGU